UUUAAUUGCUUGAGGUUGUUUUGUAGAGGGGUUUUUUUCUUCAAUUCCACCGACCCCUGAGAGAUGCUGCAGCUGUCUGUCAAAGAAAAUCGCGUCGAUGCGCGAUCCGCGAAGGCCUCAGGCAGAGGGGAACUUUUCUGUUUUAGGAAUGGUGGUGGGUGCCCCACCCGGGAAACACAGGACGGGGGAAUACUUUGGUAUGGUUCCACUCUUUGUUUCUUUCAUCCAUGGACUAUGGUGCUAUUUCCAGCUUCUUUCAAAUUGGUCGAGUAUUGCAAAAUGUGAGGUUUUUGGGCAUGUCGCAUUCUUCUUGUACACACUGGGUGUUGUACCAAGGACCUUCUUUUCGGUAGUCUGUUUGGUCCUUGGACUUCUUUUUGUGUCGAUACCUAGUUAUGCCUGGAUGUCCAUUGCCAAGAACAAUGGUUCUUGAUCGUAAUCUUCAGAUCGUGAUUCUGUUGUGUGAAUUUGGGUAUAUGAUUACCAGAACUUGUUGGCAUAUCGUGCACUGUCACAUUUGCGUUCACGAUCAUCUAACAUGCUCGUCGGCAUAAUCACCCUACAUCUUGUACAUACUGUCUAAAUGAAUCGGUUGCGGGCAGUCCGAGUUGAAUCUGCUGCAACAGAUAGUCUAUCGAUCCAGUCGCUGCUUUUGAGCAG